AUGGGAGGCUGCGUCUGGCUCCCGCUCUCACAGCCAUUGCAGUACAUUGAGCUCCAUAGAGACAGCGCCGGGGCCAGCGCGAGCCGGACGGGCAACUGGGCGACUCUGUGCCUCACGGAGGAAAAUCAACUAAACACGGGCAAAGGAGAUCCUAAGAAGCCGAGAGGCAAAAUGUCCUCAUAUGCAUUCUUUGUGCAAACUUGCCGGGAGGAACACAAGAAGAAGCACCCGGAUGCUUCUGUCAACUUCUCAGAGUUCUCGAAGAAGUGCUCAGAAAGGUGGAAGACCAUGUCUGCUAAAGAAAAGGGGAAAUUUGAAGACAUGGCAAAGGCUGACAAGGGUCGUUAUGAGAGAGAAAUGAAAACCUACAUCCGCCCCAAAGGGGAGACCAAAAAGAAGUUCAAGGACCCCAAUGCACCCAAGAGGCCUCCUUCGGCCUUCUUCUUGUUCUGUUCUGAGUAUUGCCCCAAAAUCAAAGGAGAGCACCCCGGCUUGUCCAUCGGGGAUGUGGCGAAGAAGCUGGGGGAGAUGUGGAACGACACCUCUGCGGACGACAAGCAGCCCUACGAGAAGGCUGCCAAGCUGAAGGAGAAGUACGAGAAGGAUAUUGCUGCCUACAGAGCUAAAGGAAAACCCGAUGCGGCGAAGAAGGGGGUCGUCAAGGCUGAAAAGAGCAAGAAAAAGAAGGAAGAAGAAGAUGAGGAGGAGGAUGAAGAGGAUGAGGAAGAGGAGGAAGAAGAGGAAGACGAAGAUGAAGAAGAAGAUGAUGAUGAUGAAUAAGUUGGUUCUAGCGCAGUUUUUUUUUCUUGUCUAUAAAGCAUCUAACCCCCCUGUACACAACUCACUCCUUUUAAAGAAAAAA